GUGUGUUUGAUACACUUAAGUGUUGUGACAUAACGGCCUGUGCGAACCAGAGGGAGCACCGGCGGUCGGCGUCAAAUACUCAUUGCGUUGUCGAAGGGAUUGCUACUCUAUGUGAUUGCUGUGUUGAUGUGUAUAUUGUGUAAAUGUUUAUGAUAUUUACGCCAUCGAAUUACUAAUCUUUUGAAACUCUUUCCUGUAAUAAAAGUCCCAGCGCUCCAGAGGCCAUGGAGCAGCCCGUGCCGGCAUCACCAGGAGCACCCCUCCGGGACGACACCCCCACACAGUCACCCGUCCUCCCAGAGCCCCCGUCAGCCAAGGCCGGCGUCCCCUCCAAGCCGGAGGCCAGCUCCGACGAGAAGGCGCCGGACUCCGGGGACAACGGCGGCAAGGCACGCGUCAAGUUCCCCAAAGGCAAGAAGCGUAAGAAGAGCCAGCGCGACCAGACGGCACCGCGCCAGCCACUCACAGGGUACGUGAGGUUCCUGAACGACAGGCGCGAGAAGGUGCGAGCGGAGAACCCCAACCUGCCGUUCCCGGAGAUCACGAAGCGUCUGGCUGUGGAGUGGAGCCAGCUGCAGGCUGACCAGAAGCAGAUGUACCUGGACGCUGCGGAACAGGACCGCGAGCGCUACCUCAAGGAGCUGCAUGCGUACAAGCAGACGGAGGCCUACAAGCUGUUCAUGCAGAAGCAGGCCCAGAAGAAGCAGCGUGACGACAAGAUGGCGACCGACGCGGCGGCCCACGAGGAGGAGCCGGAGCAGGAAUCCGACAUGCCCGGCUUCGACAUACCGAUAUUCACUGAAGAAUUUUUGGAUCAUAACAAAGGGCGAGAGGCGGAGCUGCGGCAGCUGCGCAAGGCCAACACGGACUACGAGCAGCAGAACGCCGUGCUGCACAAGCACAUAGAGACGAUGCAGGCGGCCGUGGAGAAGCUGGAGGUGGAGACGGCGCAGCAGCGCAGCAACAACCUCGCGCUGCAGCAGCACCUGGACAGCAUGCGCGGCACGCUCGCCUCCAACUUCGCCUCCAUCCCCGUGCCAGGUUCCAACGAGCUGCCGACGGUCGGCAACAUCGACUCCUACAUGGCGCGGCUGCAUGCCGUGCUGACUGACCCGACCGCACGGGAGCGCGAGACUCUGCUGACGACCGUGCGUGCGCUGGUGGCGCGCAUGGACUUCAGCGCAUGACAGCGCCGCUGAGCGGCCGGGCUCCGCGCAGGCGUGGAGAAUGUGCUCUCUACGGUGACUGGACCAAUAGCUGUGUGGAGUGUGUACAUCGUAUACUGAACUUGUCAUGUCAUUGGGUGUUUAAAAUUACAGAUCUCCAAAUACUCA